AUUCGAGCAACAAGGUCGAGUCAAGUCGGGCAGUUGAAAAGAUGAAACUUAGGCUGAAGUUCCUAAAUAAGUUUCAUGUUUUCGAGACUCCAACAGCUAGUGCCACUCUUAAUGAGAUUUUUGAAUCUGCUUCGAAAAUUUUCGGUUUGAAAAGAGAAAAUGUUCAAAUAAGUCUUAAUGCAAAAGAUUAUUACAAUAUAAAUUAUUCAAAUCAAUCUCUAUCAGAACUUGGUAUUGUUAAUGGUGAUAUAAUCUAUAUUAAUUCAUUGGAAAAAUUAGAUGAUAUAAAACAAUCCUUAGAAAUUGAAUUAGCUACACCUAUUCUGAAAUUCAUCAAUGAUAAUCUAUCUAAUGAUCAACAUUAUAUAUCUAUUCUAUUAAUGGCUAUUCCUUUGUAUAUAUUCGCUAUUGAGAAAGGUUUAUAUACUUUAGAUCAUCUAAGUCAAUACUAUCAGGAGAUGUCAUCAAUUAUACGUUUAACAUUUAAUUAUCCUCAAGUUGAUUCUAUUAAAUUGAUAUUUACAUUAUUUCAAAAUGGAAAUAUGACUUGUAUUGCUGCAAGUGUUCAAGAUCUUCCUAUUCGAAAACAAUUAAUUUUACAAACAAAACUUUAUCUUAUCAAGCAAGAUGCCAUACACCAAUCUACUAUGUAUAAAUUAAAUCUUCUAUACAGACAUUUACGAUUGUUAUCUAUACGAAUUAAAGAUGAAUUAAUUGAACCUAUACUAUUGGCUAUUCAUUCAGAAUAUAAUUUAUCUCCAAGACUUCAUUUAUGUACUCUUCCAAGUGAAUUAUUUUGUGAAAUAUUGUGUUAUUUACCAUUAACAUCACUUGGUUUCUUAAUGUUAUGUAAUCGUGAAUUAUCUUAUCGUAUACGUAAUUGUAAUACAGUUUGGCGUAUUCAUUUAGCUAAGUUGAAUGCUAAAAACAGACCGAUUUCAGAUGGUGUACUUAGUCGACAACAAUCAUCAUCAUCACCCGUAUUACAACAAGUCGACCAAAAACACACUACUUUGCAUAAAAGUCAACAAAAGAAUAUUGGUGACGAUGUUGAUAAUGAGAUGGACCAAACUGAACAAGGUGAAGCUUAUAAACAAUUUUUAGCUCGUUAUAAAAGGUUGUUCAUUCAAAAAAGGUAAACACUGACAAUUUCCAAUCUUACAAAUUUCUUUUUUCACAUUUCCGUUUGUCUAUUUCUACCGUGUAACAUUUUAAUUUGAAUGAAAUACUACUUAUAUUAAUAGACAAGUACAUAUGGUUGUACUGAGACCUUUUGAGUUUCUCAUUACAUAUAUUUGUGUUGUAAAGAAGAUUAUUCACUUUCUGAAUAGUCUGUACUAAUGUUUGAGACUGUGAGACUAGGUGACGAGGGUUCGAAUCUUACUGAGGAUGUUGUAGAUAUCCCUUGCUGAUAAAUAACAACUAGCUCGAAAUCUAGAUCAGGCAAAGUUUCUUGUAUAGUACCUCUAAUUACCUUAAAUAGUUAUUUUUGAGCUGUCGGUGGCCUGCUUAAAUAUCUGGGCUAACUGUUCCUACCAUUUAGAUAUUUCAACAAGUUAUCUGUUUUCUUGUUUAUUUUAACACAUCAUUAUGUCUAUUGAGCGUACAACCCUAUUCAGGUGCGUUUAUGAAAAGUUUACGACAUUUCACUGUACAGGUUACGAAAAAGUACAUUCAGCAUCAUCAUGAUGUUGUCUGGCAAUAUGCACUGAAAAGAACGAACCUUAUUCAAAUGUCGAUUCCUGAACUGCUAACAUAUAACUUGCAAUCACUCAAUAUUUAUCAUCAGGAUCGUUCAAGAAAUAAGAAAAGGAAACUUGUUGAAAUAUUUUGCACUGAAAAUUCCAUGUUGUAUCAAAACUAUAAUAUUGAAUAAAGCUAAUAAUAAUAUAGUUGUUAUAUGAAUUGAAAGUUUGUAGAGAUUCGUUCAAUUUGAAGAUAAUUCUCGUUUGUAGAUACUCUACAACAAACCUGUUCUAUCUAGGUUUAUAUGCUUGUUAAGAUUCGAACCCACAUCACCACUGAGCUUUCCAAGCCUCCACAAACUGGUAAAAUUGAAAUAUUUACAGUUGAUUGGAGUUCAAAAACGAUGUACAGAGUGAAACAGUUAAGGGUUAGUAAUAGUAAUAGUUGGAGUGAUUUUAGUUGUUAGAUGUGGACUAUUCAAACCUUGACUCAUUGUACUGUAUGGAGUUUCUCAGUCGUCAUCAGUAGUUUAUACUGGCUGUUUAUUUGCCAUUGUUCUGUCUAAUAUCAAUGUCUCUAAUAAAAAAGUACUGUCUCUCAAAGGAAUCAUCUACCACUUCCCUCCACAUACCAUAUAGGAGGGGGAGCAUUUUAUAAGUUUUGUUACCGGUUUAAAUUUAUGUGGUAUCAUACUGGUUGGAAAAUUUGAUAAUUUUUAGCUUCGUUCUAUGUUACGUUGUGUUGUCUUUUGCACACCAGCGAAAAAUCUUGAUAAAUCAUAGAAUCCUCACUGGUUUAUUCAAUGAUUCUCCAUCUGAUAUAAGUCAAUGAUGUAACCAUUUAAGUUCUUUUUAGUUGUUAUAGUUUACGUUACGAACUGAUCCUAGUUUGACAAUUGUUGAAAACCAGAAAUUACCGUACAGUUGUUUCUUUGUAGUAUAGGACUUCCUAACAGUGCGCACCGACGACCCAAUUUCUGAGAUUGAACACAAGAUCUUCAGGUUACACAUCGCUCACUUUACUUCUAGACCGCUAGUUGAAAUCCAACAACUUACCUCUGUUAAUUCACCAUAUUGAACAAUAAUGGAUCGUAAGUGAUAAGUCUCCUAAUUGAACACUAGAUUCAGUUCCGAAGCUCUUCUAAUAACUACCAGGCUAAAUCUACAGUGACUUGAACACGAGAGAAAAGGAGCGAAAUAUGAAAGAAAACGCUUUACUCCAAGAUUCGUUUAUGUACAGAAAAUCUAGGGUUUUUCGAUGGCCUUAGGUUUCCGGAAAUUUCUGGAACAUUGUAUAGUAGUAUAAGUAAUCAACCAAUCAGAAAUUCGACAUGUGAUUUUCCACUUUCUAGUUGUUUCUGGUAAAACUUCUAUUGAAUGCUGAUUGGAUAUGAUGUUUCUCAAUGUUUUCAUAGCCUUUUUCCAGGAUUUUUUUGGAUCUCUUCCGUUCAUCAUUAAAGACAAAUAAAAAAAUAUCGAUUCUUGUCAUUAUGUCAUUAUUAUGAUUAAGUAUUAUAUAUUUUAAUUAUCACAAUCUUCAUGUAGCCAUGGGAAAUAUUUUAUUCUUUCAGAUAUGAUAGGGGCCUUUUCUU